AUGACUUAUGGGCCUGAAGACUAUAAGGUCUCCACGAAAUUUCGUGAGUUCGAAGCAGCAUAUGCGCCUCAUCGGGUUCUACGUCACUUGAGUCAUGGCCCUGGUGCUGAUCAUGACAAUACCAAGACGGAAGCAAUCGAAGUUAUCUGUAAAGCGUAUACGGCACUUUACGGAGAAGCCCAGGAGCUUGUGAAAGCCUCGUGCGAGCUCAGGAAUCAGGUCAAACGAUACAAAGAGAAGUUGAGUCUUUGGCAGAAGUGCCUCAAGCGUGAUAAGUUCAUUUUAUUGCUUGAUGGAGCAGAAAUCGAGUUCAAGCGGACAAGGAAAGUCUCCAUUGAUGGGCCGCAGACCAUGGGGUUAGCCAUUUCUGUUCCCGUGUUGGAGCCGACUGAUUGCGGUGUCACGGAACAUGGCACGGCUUCUACACUCAAAGUCUCCGAAAGGCAUCAUGCAGAUAGUGUAGACUCGGGGGACUGCAACCCAAUAAACAUGUCUCGAACCAGCUGCGAAGACUUGCUUCAACUUUCUUCAGCGCAGCCAACGCCAAUAAAGUCGGGUCAACCCGAAAACGAAGCCAUCAUUUCAGCUGCCCAAAUGUCAAUUUCAGCAACGAGAACGUCAGAGUUAGACUGCAUGGUACCGCGACAAGGACCAAUGUAUUCCACCUUGGUCAAAGACGAAACCAUGUCUCCAAGCCCGCCACCCAGCCGAUCGCCAGCAGGUGGAAUUAUUGGCACUCAGGAUCUUGACAAAGUGGGUAAUGCUGUCGAGACUCCCAGAAAGAGGCGGAAAGUUCGAGAUGCCCAUGUUGAAGAACGAGGCACUCUCUUAGAAGCGACUACUGCACCAACCAGCCAAGGGGGGCACACCCACGCACGUCUAUCUCCGUCGCUAUCUUCCUCUUCUCUAAAGCGGCCUGCCGUGCUGCGAUCUUUCGAUGGGAACCUUGGGGCUAGGAAACUUACUCAAUUACCUCUAAAUUCUCACGAAGAAGCUGGGAAGUGGGUCGCCAAAGACUACAUAUCUUCGAUAUUGGACGAUGGUGAUGAAAGCUACUCAAGUCUACCUUCGAGGAAGUUUACUGGAAUGUCAGAGAAAGGCCCUUCAGGCCUUACUCUUGGUGUUGACGGUGAGCCUACUUUCCGGCGACUACAUAGUCUGCUUGAUGGGCAAUUGCCUGCCAAAUUAGAGCUGGAAGCACAAGUAAGGACUGUAGGGAGACUGGGGCAAACAGCUCCAGGCAAUGGGACUCGGAAAACCGGCUACACCAGUGACUCGAUCAUGUCUAAGAGGGACGUGAUAACAGACUCCGGGGAGGAUCCCUUAAGAGCACGACCGCUGCAUGAGCUUCAACUCAAAGAUUUCAAAAUCAAUCCAGAAUACAAUCAAGGAUAUGAUUAUGCCUUUCACAGUGUGAUCCGCAAAAGGGCUGACUUCAAAUGUGCAAAAGGCUGUACGCGUUACGAUUGCUGUGGGAAAAAGUUCCUGGAUUUGGCACGUCUGCAUGGCCUCCCAGCGGACGCAACAUGCUCUAGUCAGGAACGCGAACGAAAUGACCAAAAUGUCCUCAGAGACUUUCUUGGGGAUGAACAAAAUCUGAUUGAUAGGUUGUGUGUGGACGACCGGAAUCAUCUCCUACAAGAAGCGAAGGCAAGGCUGAUGGCCAAUCAAUUCGGUAGGCACAGGCAACAGCAUCCGCGCGCCAGGUCACCUCCCGGGUUCUGGCGCACUGAUAUGCCUAGCACUCAAGAAUUGGUACGCGACCACGAGGAAGCUAAGAGGCUCGAGAGGGAUCUAGUCAAGGACAGGCACAGAGAUGCAACGCAACCCGGGGGGCUCUGGAAGUUCGCAGAUGAGUGAGCAUAUACUCAUCACAGAGCUUCUUUUUUUGAAUGAAGCAAGUACUGUACAUACCAUUUUCUAACAAAG